ACCCCUCGAUAGCGCGAAGCGCGAACUGGUAACGGUCAAACCCGGCUUUUCGUUUCUCUCGUUCUUUCUCCUUCGGACAUCGAGCUCGCGGAAGCAAAAUUUUCGAACAAACACACCAGUAAAUCACCGCCACCGCACUUUUAAUCUGACGAAAUUGCCCCUCGCGGGGUGGUCUCAGGGAGGAAAGGAGAGAGGAGCUGCGUCGCGCGCACUCCCCCGCCGUUUCUCUGUUCGAUCAUCAGUUCUUCAAAAAUUUCGAAGAAAAGUAAAGCGUAAUUUAAAUCGCUAUUAAGCUCGCCAUGUCGAUUCGGGAGCUGAGGACGUCUAUGGUUUCGGUCAAUUUGUUCACCUUCUGCGUUUUCCUCGGCUGCUUUCCAGGGCUUAUAUUAUCGGCGAUCGUGACGCUGGAUUCGAUCGUGAUAUACAACACGCACGAAUUGAUAAAGGCCGUGAAACCGAGGGUGUAUUUCGAAUGCAGAGGGGAGAACAAGACGGAGUUUCCAGACGUGAAGGAGAAGAACGUCACGUAUAAAUUCAACGGCGAAGAGUCUUGGCAGCCACUGACAGAGUUUUCGGGUAAGAAGUGCAAGCGAUGUGGACUGUACGAGGCGGAUACCUUUAAACCAGAUGACAAAUUUGAUGAGUGGGAGUUGUGUCCUUCUGACUUCAACGCCUCUGAUGGAAAAUACGUCCGGUUCAAUAACAAGGAAUUCAACGUUACCUUUUGGUGCCCAAAAUGUGUACCUGGUUCACCUGCUUCCAAUUCCCCUACUGCGCCGCAUAAAGAAGAAAAGGAGAGGGAAUGCAUAUUGUUCUAAUACUUUUAAUCGUUGUAGCCGUUUUGGCAUUGUGUAUUGUCGUUGGCUUUGUUGCAUACAAGUACUGGCAAAAGAAGAAGAGAGAGCACGAUCAGGCUCGUUUCCUAAAACUGUUUGAAGACGGGGAUGAUAUUGAAGAUGA